AUGACCUUGGGUGAUGCACACGACAUCUUGCCAACCGAUGUCGACCAAAAUGCUGCGGGGGAAAACAGAGCCGCAAGCUCGCCGACAGUGACUGAUCCUCCAGCUGCCCUUCCAGUCCCAGCGGCUUCUCAACACCAUUCCCUCAAACAUCACCUUCUCGGACCGUCCUUGACGAAAGCCGGGCAAGAUGCUGUGGAUCAGAAGAGAGUGUCGGAGAUAAUCUACGAAGCAUCCAAGGGCUCAAAAUUCUUCAACAAUGAAGAAGCCAAGGAUAAAAACCUGACCACCAAGAUCGAACGGAUCCUCAAACACAAGGCGCAGCUGGAAAAGCUUGACCUCAAGUCGGACCUACGUCGAGCGGACGACUACAUUGCGUCGCUGGAGUUGUCGCGGGAUCUGAGCCAAUAUGUCGUACAUAUCGACUGUGAUGCAUUCUAUGCCGCGGUCGAGGAAAUUGAUCGUCCAGAACUCAAGAAUGUACCCAUGGCAGUAGGGGUUGGAGUUCUGACCACCUGCAACUACGAGGCACGCAAGUUUGGAUGCCGCAGCGCCAUGGCCGGCUUUGUAGCGAAGAAAUUGUGUCCGCAACUGAUCUGUCUACCGCUCAAUUUCGACAAGUACACGGCAAAGGCCAAAGAAGUACGGGCAAUUCUGGCCGAAUACGACCCCCGAUUCGAGAGCGCCAGCAUCGACGAGGCCUACCUGAACAUCACCGAAUACUGCCACACCCACGACAUUGACCCGGAUGCAGCGGUGGAACAACUUCGAGGAGAAGUACAUGAGAAAUGUCAAAUCACCAUCUCAGCCGGCAUAGCGCCGAAUGCAAAGCUCGCCAAAAUCUGCUCAAACAAGAACAAACCAAAUGGACAGUUUCGUCUUCCCAACGAUCGAGCCGCGGUCAUGUCUUUCAUCUCGACACUCCCAGUUCGGAAGGUGAACGGUGUCGGACGUGUGUUUGAACGAGAACUGGACGCCAUUGGCAUUAAAACCUGCGGAGACAUAUACCCCCAUCGGGCAUAUUUGAACAGGCUUUUCGGCGAAAAGGCCUUUCAAUUCCUGAUGCAGACUUACAUGGGCCUCGGACGCACUGUUGUCCAGCCAGCCGAAGAAUAUGAACGCAAAAGCGUCGGCACCGAAUCCACAUUUCGUGAGAUGAGCGGCAAACAGGAGCUCCGCGAGAAGCUCCGCCAUACAGCCGAAGAAUUGGAGAAAGACAUGGAACGCGUGGGUGUCAAAGGCCGGACAUUAGUCCUAAAAGUCAAGCUGCACACCUAUGAAGUCUUCACUCGGCAAGUGGCUCCUCCAAGAGCGGUCCAUCGAGCGGAGGAUUUGUACACCUACAGUCUACCCAUGCUGGCAAAGCUGGAGAAGGAUAUACCUGACUUCAGACUGCGUCUUAUGGGGCUUCGAUGUACACACCUUGUCAGCAUGAAGAAAGAAACUGCCAACUUCUUCCGGCGCCGCUGUGGGGCCAAUAGUACAGUUACUUCGGGCGAAAAGUCAAUUGACGAUGGAGAAUGGGAGGUCUGGCCUGAUUCCGAGUUCGAACAGGCCGCCCGGCAGGAGAGACAGGAUGAAAUAGACGAACUCGAACGUCUGAGUCAGGACCAAGAACAGAGAGCUCGGCGAACAGCGACGCCUGAUGCAGGGCAACCCCCAGAGCGCAUAAAGAGGCCUUUGGGCGAGAAGGACGUCGACAACUCCGAGUUGUCGACAGCAGACUGGCACGAGCCUUUCGGUCGGUACAAAUACGGCAGCGAGCCUAAUUCGCCCAGUGCUGCAGCGAAACACGGACAAAUCAGAAAUGAAGUUGUGACACUAUCUCCCAGCACCAAGAAGGAGUCAGAACGUGUCUGGGACUGCCCCAUUUGCCAGCUCCCUCAACCAGCCAACGACCGCGACUUCAAUUGCCACCUUGACACUUGUCUCUCACGGCAGACGAUCAAGGAGGCCGUGGCUGAGGUCGAUGCAACAACUCCCGAUAACGCUCUCGAUGUCGCUGUAGCUGCGGCUGGAAACGGGAAUCCAAAAGAUAUUAUGGCUGUGAAUGGACAGAGUCUGCUCACCAAACCCAGGUCAGCUACGGGGAGCGUCCGGUCCGUGGGCAAAAGAAAGGCGGCUGUCAUGAAUGGCACGUCGAAUUCGAGCUCUGGAGACCCCAGUUGUGUGCGGAAGCAGAAGAAGCUUUUCUUCACAUGA